AAUAAUUCUAACUGGAAGGUGCUAUGUCAUGAAGCAUGUUUCGGUAUCAUUAUUUACUUUUGCUUAUUAUUGGGUUUGAUUUGGUUUACGUAGAGUCAGAGUCCAAUGAGAAUCAAAAUAUUACAUUCACACAUUUGGUUGAUGUGGGGUCAACUGAUUUCAAUGGAGAAUCUUAUAAAGAACAUGAAUUAAAUAACAAAGACAAAUCUGAAGCUAAUGAAGACUUUAUUUCCGAAGAAGGAAAUGGAAAGGAAUGGUCGGACUAUAAUCAUGAAGGAAAGGACCAGCAGGACAAAACGUCUGAAGGAAAGGACCAAAAGAACAACACUCCUGAAGAAAACGACCAACUAAACAAUACUCCUGACAAUGUUUUUAUCAGGCCAUUGCAGUCAGGUGACACUUUUACUCCAAAGGACUUGUUACCGCUUACUGUAUUGUUGCUGAGCAAAGUGGAAAAUCCAGGAGAAGGUAAAGGAAUUGUCACUUCAUCAAAAAGUCCCGAAGAACUGGCGGAUAAGAUCUUUGCAGGAUACUUUUUAACCAAGAAAAUGGUGGUUUUCUUGAUAGAAGAAGACCUCAGUGGUUUAGAUGCACUUCAAGCUCUAGCAUUAGACAAAACAGCUUUGACACAACCGAGGCAAGGAAAUUCAUUACAUACAGUAAAUAUGGAAGGGAUGAAGCUUGAUGUCGAGGAUAAGCCCAGGAGAUGCGAAUUAACAUUACUGUUUAAGAGAGAAUCUGCACCAACGACUUCUUCGAAACCUGGCCUAAGACGGAGACACAAAAAACGUCCGAUCACUCCACCUCCUGGCACAAUUUUGAAAUUGGAAAAAAAUAUGCAACCGAAUAGGCAUCUGAUACUUAACCAUCGAGGUCGCAAGACAAAUAAAGGGACGAAACAUAUACAAAGAGACAUAGAUCCAGACUAUGACAACGAAGACAAAAAGUCUAAGCUAAACAGAGAGCGUGGAGAGACGAAGAAGAAAGCAAAAGAACGUACACCAAAAAAUAAUAAAAAUAAUAAACGCAACCGCAAACCAAGUACAGAAAAUACAACCAAGAAACCGAAGAAGAAGGCCAAACGUAAUAAUAAUAAUAAGAAGAACAUUACAGAGAAAUUUGAAAAAAAUCGGUUGAGAAGUGACGUAGCUGCUAGCGUCAGUGCCGGCAUCAGCAUCACCAGCAGCAAAACUAAAUCCGGUAUUGUAAAGAACGGUCUCACCACUACAAUGAAACCAGUGUGCACUUGGCGAUAUAUCUGUGAAAAUCCUUUGAACUUAGAUACCUGCAAAUUACACACGUCGUGCCUCGAUGAUAGCAACAAUACACCUAAAAUAGACAAUACAUUCGUAGACUAUGGAGAAAAAAAGAAAUUAGAUGAAGAAAACAAGUUAAAUAUGCGAUUCCGGAAAAUGUUUGGCUUAUCAAUUUUGGACGAAGAAGUUGAAAAAAUUAUUCAACACCACAUUCUAAUAACGCACCCAGAAAAUAGCAUGAACGCACCUAUCCAGGAUAGAAUUGAAUCUCUCGACGAGUAUUUCACUAGAAUUAUUAUGUAUCAGAACACGCAAUUGUCAACCCCGAGACCCCUUUCAAUAGACAAUAAUGAUGAGAACGACAGUUCUAGUGGAAUUCAGCAUAAUGCGGCAGAAGAUGAAACUAAUGGUGGUGGACUUUACCGGUGGAAAAAAGAUGGGGAGUUAAGAAGCGCAAACCAUAAGCCAGCCAACAAAACGUCGGUUAUUAAAGAAGAAGAAGAAGAAAAAAAGAGCAUACUGAGGGCACCUGUCACCACUACUGCAAAACGUAAUAAUCGAUUAAAAUAAAACAUUCUUCUAUA